AUGAUGAUGGGCCGUGUGAUGUGUGUGUUGGCCGUUGUGCUGUGCUGCGCCUGCGGGUAUACCAUGGCUGCUGCUAUUACUGGUACUGGACAGCCAAAGUCACAGUUUCGUGAUCUUGGGGGCUGGGCUGGUGUUCCUUAUGCUACACGGACCGAGAAGAAACAGAUAUUGCGAAAGAUGUGUAAGAAGAACAGUGAAGCUGUUUUUGAUAAAUUAACGUGUAACGAUGUGAAACGUGAAGAUGAAAUAUUCGUUUUUAAUGAUUAUGAACAUGUGAAACCACCUAAAAAGGUUGAUAUGAGUACUGGUUGGUAUUGGAAUGCAGAACAUAAGGCAGAAAGAGAGAAAAGGGAUAAGGAACAAAAGUUUCGAGAGGUGUGUAAGAGGAAUCCUGAAACUGUUACUAAUGAAGUAAAUUGCACGGAGUUUUUAAAACCCAAGACAGCGGAGGCUGACGUGAGGCAAGUUAAUCAUGAAGAGGCUCCAUCAAGUGCGGCACAGAACUCUGCAGGUGGUUCUUCUUCUCAUUCUGACAACACCAGGACUUCCAAAACAGAAGUGUCAGCACCCAGCGUAACAACACCAACAGUUACCAGCACGCAAGUCCACACUCAAGUGUCUACUGUAGCUACACAUACUAAUCAGGGGGCAUCAAGCAGCACAACAGCUAACAGUACUCCUGGCAACUCUAAUACUACCCAGCAAUCUGCUGCAGCUGUUGAUGCGCCUGCCACACCAGAAUCACGAGAAACCACUUCCAGUACUCCGCCGAGCUCCGAGAGCACAAUCAGUGAAGCACCAACCACCACUCCAUCUCCUGUUUCCGUACCUGACACACAGAUCAACAACAUUUCCCCCACUAUGCAGAACAAGGCUAAUGUUGACAGCAGUGUCAGUCCUGUGUGGAUGCGCACUGCAGCACCGCUGCUGAUUGUGUCUGUGUUGUUCUCCUUUACUGUGUACUGA